AUGGGCAAGGGAACACGCCAACUCUGGCCGGCACAGCUGGGCUACCCUCGCUGGGCCCGAGGCCUCCUGAUGCAUCCUGAGCUGACAAAACGUGCAAUGAAAAUGCUGCUGUCCUUCACACUAGAGUCUGUUGUACCAGGGCAUAGUGCCAGGCCUUCAGCAAUCUCCUGCAAUUUUGAAGUAGAUUUGUGUGAAUGGGAAGUAAAUGGAGCGCUGGGUCCCAACUGGACGGUGGGCAGCGGGAACACAACAGACCAGGCCCCAAUGUACGAUCACACUAUUAACGUGAGAGGUCACUACCUGUUCGUGGGUCCGACGUCAGGGAACCACGUUCAGGCCACUGCCGGUCUCAUCUCCCGGCUACAGACAGCCUCCGCCUGUCACCAAUGCCUAGCCUUCUGGUACUACAUGUACGGCCCCAAGGUCGGUGACCUGAGGCUGAAGGUGCAGCAGCGUGGCCAGGGGGAGGCGCUGCUGUGGAGCCGAGCGGCCUCGCAGGGCAACGAGUGGAGACGUGGGUACCUGACCAUCGCCCCCCAACUCCGAUACUUCCAGCUAAUAUUUGAAGGGAGCAGGACAGACGGUUGGGGGAGCAUUGCCAUUGAUGACAUCAGUGUGGUGGGAGGGAGUUGUGAACCACAGCAGUUCUGCAGCUUUGAAGCCGACUCUUGUUCCUUCACAUCGACGGGAGCCCGGACCUGGCAGCGGGAGAGCGGGGACUCAGGGACAAGAACCAAGAACCGGCCGCCCAUCGACAGCACCCUGGGGACAGAGACACUACAUGUUGGCCGACACCAGCCACCGGCCACUCCCCACCAGUCAGCGGCUGCAGCUGGUGUCAGAAACCCAACACCCCCCCUGGACAUCGCCUGCCUACAGUUCCGUGUACACACCAGCGCCGACAGCCCAGGUUCGCUGGACGUCUACAUGGAGGAAGACUUGCAGACGAAGCGUCUGGUCUGGACCCUGGACACUGGCCCGCUCCAGACGUGGACCCUGGCCAGAGUGGGGGUGCACACGACACACGACUGGAGGCUGGUGUUUGAAGCGGCCGGAGGCGGAGCUUCCUCCUCGUACAUCGCGAUCGACGACCUCGUAUUGGAACCCUCGCGGUGUCCGCGUCCGGGUACCUGUGACUUUGAGGCCGGACUGUGUGGCUGGAGGAACGUUCUGAACGAGAUGGACACCGUGGACUGGAACUGGAGCAGCAGCUCGGUGCCCGGUCACUACAAGACUCCGGCCACUGACCACACCCUGGGCACCCCUGAAGGUCACUCUGUGUUUGUGGACAUGGCGACGGUCAGCGUCGAAGACACCGCUCGUCUCCUCAGUGAACACCUGCCGCCCACCAAGGGCUCCUGCCUCACCUUCUACUAUCGCACCAAGAUACCCCAGCAGCUCGCGCAAGGGCCACUGAAGUUUUUCCAGUUGGUCGCCGACCAGGAAACGACCCUGUGGGAGGCCAAACAUGGAGCGAACGACCAGUGGCGGGGAGUGAACCUAACUGUGGCGAGCGCAGAGUCCUUCCAGGUUGGGUUUCUGGUGAUAAAAUCGAAUGCUAGGGAGACGGGGUACAUCGCCAUUGACGACGUGGAUUACCGGCCUGGCGUCAACUGUUUCGGCGUGAACACGGACCAGGCUGUCGGGGGUGCGGGCAACACUGCUGGAAUCGUUGUUGCUGGGAUCCUUCUUGUGCUUCUGCUGAUGGGUCUCGCUGUGGCCACAAUGUACUGGUACAAAAACAGGAGCGCCGGCUUCGGUCGGAGCCUGAACGAGUUUCGGGCAACCUUCGGCUUUGACAAUAUCAGCUACCGAAACCGUAACAAGGACACGGUGCCGGUGGAGACGGUCCGGGGCUUCGGUGUGGCUGAUCCAUAGUGACCCUCGCUGGAACGAUUCAUGUCCGCUCUUCAAUAAAACAUCUCCGUGAUAAAGAG